GGCUGGGAAUAAAGUACUUUCAUCCGGAAAUUAUUUUAAGAGCCCCACAAGUUUCCGAUGUACUUGAAAUCAAUAAAUACUUGAAUUUAUGAGUAUAAAAGGAGUUUUUAGUUAGUGGAAGAGUCAGUCAGUAUUCACCUGUGGAAUCAAAAUGAAGAGUCUCAUUGCUAUUUUGUGCUUCGUUUGCGUGGCUGUAGCCCAAAGUGACGAAUUUGAAAAUCCAGGAUUUUUCGAUUUCGAACCCUUCCUCACUCCCGAACUCAAUGAGGACUUUGCGGAUUUUGUGAAUUUACUCCCAGUCGAUAAGGUCCUCGAGGUAGCAGAGUACCAUUAUGAGAACAAUAAAGGACUCAACAAGACGCUGAACUAUCUCAGAACGAACAAAUUUGCCAAGCAUUGGGAUAAUUUGUUCUCCCUUACUGAGGUGGAUAAGUUUGUUGAUUACGUAAAUCAGACAGGUCUCAAUGUCUUCGGGCUCUUGAAUGACUUCGCUGCGUACUUUGAACUGACCCCUGUUGGUGAGGACUUUGAAGAUGAUGUAGAGGAAAGAGUUGAGUUCACCUGGGGAUUCAAUGCUUUAUUGAACGAUGUGGUCGAGCUCUUUCCCAAGGAAGACUUGAAGGCUCUCUUCGAUCAGAAGGUAGCCAAUGGCGGAGAAUUUGCAGAAUUUGUGGCUAACUAUUCCACAGACGAAUUCAAGAAGCUCCUGAAGAAACUGGAAUUGUCUCCAGUUGCACAGAAACUCUUCAAGCGUUUCCGUAAACACGGUCUAGAUGUGCACAAGCUUGUGAAAUUCGGAUUGGCAUUUUUUGGCCUUUAAUAGAAAAAAAACUAUAAUAUUUGUUACAAAUCUAGACUGAUAUCCAUUGGUCUAAGAGAGACAAAAUAAAAAAAAAUAUAAUAAAACUACAAA